GUCCCAGUAUUUGCAUAAGCAAAGGUUACUGAGAUUUGACCUUUUCUUAUUUGGCGCAGGAGGGAGGAGAGACGCGAAGGAGGGCUGAUAUACGUGUGCUGUCUUAUUUUCGGGCAUCGCCACUUUUGUCCCGGCAUCAUAGAAAACAGCAUGGCGCGUUACUCCAAGUUGCACACGGCGUCGUGAGCUGAGAUUAUACAAUACAAAGUUACGGGUGACUGCUCACCUUGGGACCCGCACGUCAUUGCACAUCGAAGCUGCAUGCACAAACGGGACCAGGACGGCAGCUAUGACCAACGCUGCGCUUGACGACGACGAUGUCCCCACCAAGCGCGAGUCGCAUUUCAACAACCAGCGCUCGUCACUGCGUUCUUCCACCCUCUCCGAAGAGUCUGCGCACCGCCCGGAACCGCGAUCACGAACCCGCAGCGACCUGCGCCGCCUGCACGACUUCAACCUCGACCUCGAGAGAGUCCACUCGGAGCACGCGGAUAGCGAGCCAUUGCCCUCGCCCACCUCGACCGCCUCGCCCGCACCCAAUGUACCGUAUACGCGACAGCGGAAUCACUCGUACAGCAGCGUGAAGCGGUGGGACAAAAACGCCGGAAAGCACCGAUCGCUCAGUACAGUCUCCUCACGAGCCGGCGAGAGCAAACACGACGACGAUCUCUUAGGAGCAGACUCCUGGCUUCAUCUCUACAACGACAACGCGCAUUCGCCCAAUCUUCCCACGCCAUUGUGCACGCCCAGAACGCGAGCGCAGAGUAGGGCGUCACAGAGGGAGAAUCCUGGAGGUGGUAGUCCGGCAUCUCAAACACAUCCACACCGAUCGAGAAGACCUUCUUUUCCACUCGGACGAGUAGCGCCCGGAGCUGCAUCAGGGUCUCAGCUAGACAUUACGGCCCUGCCCAGCAUGUCGCCCGUCCAGGAAGAUGGGCAUGACCACACCCACCACUAUGACCACUACCACGCGGACGCAGAGCGCCACCUGCGCUCCAAGCGCACCCCUGGGCAGCAAAAAGCAUCGAGAUGUGCCACGGAGCUGUACACCAUCUCCUACCUUAUCUUUUUCUCCAUAUGGGGCACGCUAGCUCGUCUGGGUCUACAAGCCAUGACGUUUUACCCCGGCGCACCAGUCAUCUUCUCUGAACUAUGGGCCAAUGUCGCCGGCACAUUCAUAAUGGGUUUCUUAUCCGAAGACCGCCGUCUCUUCGCUGCGGAAUGGGGGAGUCGCAGUAAUAGUAAUGAUGGUGAAGAGAAACUCCCCGAACCAACCGAUUAUCCCGCCAAUGAUAUCGAACACUCUCAACACAAAGCACGACAUGGGAAGAUCAAGAAAACGAUACCAGUGUAUAUUGGUCUAGCAACAGGGUUCUGCGGAUCAUUUACCAGUUUCUCGAGUUUCAUGCGCGACAUCUUCCUCGCGCUAUCGAAUGAUCUCAAAAGCCCUAUAAAUCAUCCUUAUCCUGCGGGUACAUCUACACCGGCUGUGACCACCACAGUACCGCGUAACGGCGGAUACUCCGUCAUGGCCAUCCUCGCCACCAUCAUAAUAACCAUAGCAACAUGUUACUGCGCGCUCCACAUCGGCGCGCAUCUCGCUCUGGCCCUAGACCGCUUCACACCCAGCCUGCCCUUCCGGUUCACGCGCCGAGUCUGCGAUCCAAUCUUCGUCAUACUAGGCUGGGGCGUAUGGUUCGGCGCUAUCAUCAUGGUGUGCCUGCCUCCCUACUCAACAUGGCGGUCCCAAGCCCUCUUCGCAUGCGUUUUCGCGCCCGCAGGCUGUCUACUCCGAUACUACAUCUCCCUCUUCCUCAACCCAAUUGCGCCUUCUUUCCCACUCGGCACUUUCACCGUCAAUAUAUUCGGUACUGCUGUCCUUGGUAUGGCAUACGAUCUCCAACACGUGCCCCUUAGCAGUACAGGGCUGGUUGGAGGUAGUGUGAUUGGUUGUGCGGUUCUCCAGGGGAUCCAAGAUGGGUUCUGUGGCUGUUUGACUACGGUCAGUACGUGGAUUGUGGAAAUUGAUACGGCAAAGAGGAGAAGGAGUGCGUAUCUUUAUGCGGGUGCGAGUGUAGCCGCUGGACUGGGGUUGUUGGUUGUGGUUAUGGGGAGUGUGAGGUGGACGGUGGGGUGGGAGGAGAUGUUGUGUAUGACGUGAUGAGAUGGUGAGGUGGUUGUUGGACGUCUCGUUUUGUUUGCAUUUAUGGUUUUGGUUGUUUGGGAAACAUGGUCAUGAUAUGAUGGGUCAUGAGACGGUAAACGGGGAUCUCACUGGUAUACGAUAUAUGAUAUGAUAACGGAGGAUGGUGGUUUUUGGCAUUUACACUUAUAUACCCAUGCAAGAUAGAAUCAAGCUUAC